AUGGCGGGCACAGUGGAGUUGGUUAGAUCAGUCAUCUCUGGCAUCCCUAAUCAUAAUUUUGCGAUCUAUUGGUGGCCCUCUACUCUUCUGGUAACCAUGGAAAGAUGGAUGAAGAACUUCAUCGAGGCAGGGGAAGUGGAUACCUCGAAACCAAUUACAAUGAAGUGGGAGUUUGUUUACAAACCGAAGAAAGAAGGGGGUUUAGGGACCUCUAAGGGUGAAGUGAAAUCGAUUGCUGAUAUUAUGUGUUGCAGAAAACUGGUGCUGAAGAUUGAUAACCCAAAGUUUGUGCCGCCACUGGAAGUUCAUUGGUGUAAGCCUCCAGAUCAGUGGAUCAAAAUUAAUGUUGAUGGCAGUUCAUUGGGAAACCCGGGUCGCACAAGAGUAGGGGGCAUUGUCCGUGACAAAAAUGGUCAGGUAUGUAAGGCUUUCAGUACUUUUUUGGGUGUUAAAAAAAUAUAUGAAGCUGAAUUUAGCGUUGUCACGGAAGCAAUAUUGGUUGCUAUGAAUAUGAACACAAGGGGCUUGUGGAUCGAGUCUGACUCGGCAGCUACGACAGCUAUAGUGUCUGCCACUCAGAAGCUAUGUAUCCCUUGGUUUGUUUCACAAAAAUGA